UUAGUCAUUCCUCAUACUCUUCAUACUAAAUAAAUAGAGUCAGAUCAUAGUACUGAGAAUAUGCCAUGAUGAAAAUCAAAUACGCAGGAUAUAAUUUAAUUUAAAUCUAUAUUAUAGAAGAAGUAGUUGAUGUAAAACUGUUGGACAAAACAUCAUACAGGUUGUGUUUUUCAUCAGGGAUGUUAUUAGCAGGCGAUUUAACCCACUAAUAUGGAAAAAACUGAGUUAAAUCAACAGUUGGCUGAGUUGAGAUUAUGGUGUUUUCUUUCAUUUUCAUUUUUUCAUUUUAUUCUUUAUUUCAUUCAAAAAACAAACAAUUAAAUACAAACACAAGCCCCUUUAUGGUUAAAAUCACAAGAAGUACAACUAAAUAACUGCAAUUGCAAACAAUGAAUGGGCAUCCAAAAUAUUCACAACUAAAAUGUAAAGAUUAUUACUUCUGUAUAAGGUAAGAAUACAAUACACCAGUUUGUUUCUUUUUUUUUUUUUAACUCUAAAGACUUUCAUCUCUUUUUAAAACAGGAGAAAACUAAUCCUCUUCUCCUCGGCAGCCGUUAGUCAACGUCCCUUUGGCGCUUUAAUUUGAAUUUUCAAAUCUAUCCAAUAGGGGAGCAGCAUUCUUUCCCGCCGUUACAGCUCUGGACCAAUCAGAGCAGACCUCGCGCCGGCAGGCUCUUUAAAAGGCCGCCGUCUGCGACUCACUCCCCACACGUCUCGCUAGAAGUCGUACAGACAGUCCUCAGGAUCAGCCAUGGCCAGAACCAAGCAGACCGCCCGUAAGUCCACCGGAGGAAAGGCUCCAAGGAAGCAGCUGGCCACCAAGGCUGCCCGCAAGAGCGCGCCGGCCACCGGCGGAGUGAAGAAGCCUCACCGCUACAGGCCCGGUACCGUGGCUCUGAGGGAGAUCCGCCGCUACCAGAAAUCCACCGAGCUGCUGAUCCGCAAGCUGCCCUUCCAGCGGCUGGUCCGAGAGAUCGCUCAGGACUUCAAGACCGACCUGCGCUUCCAGAGCUCCGCCGUCAUGGCGCUGCAGGAGGCCAGCGAGGCUUACCUGGUCGGCCUGUUCGAGGACACCAACCUGUGCGCCAUCCACGCCAAGAGAGUCACCAUCAUGCCCAAAGACAUCCAGCUGGCCCGCCGCAUCCGCGGAGAGAGGGCUUAGUUAACCUAACCGACCAGUGGAAACACACACAACGGCUCUUUUAAGAGCCACCACAUCUUCCUGGAGAGCAACUCCUUUUAUUAAGAGCAUUAUAAUUAAAUGUAUUUCGUUUUGCAAAAUUAUAACAUUUGUGGUAGCUGAAUUAGAAUAUGACUUGGUAUAGGUAAAUUACUUGUGAAUUUUUAAUUCAUCCACAAAUAGUCA